AUUUACUUUUUUGUGAGCAAUGAGAGAAACCACCCUCCCCAAUGGAAAGUAAAUAAAUAUACUGGAGCCUGCGAACCACAACGAAAAUGGGACGUUUUAAUUGGAGAUUGCAAAACAGGACAAGUUUUCUUAACUUUUUCCAUUUACGAUGGUCCUAUAUGAAGCUGUGCUGGCACUCUUUAAGCUACAACAGUCACAUGAAUGCUUCUUAUGCCACAGAUGUAUGCAUGGAACCCGUAUUUUGGGUAGUUGACAACUAUACACAUCUCUUGGGACCGUUUUUCGUUGUUGGUGUUGCUUUAUUAACUACUGCCGUUGUAACUAUUGCCUAUUGGAUUGGUUUCCCAUUUUGGUGGGCAAAAAGUCCCGCAGCUACAAUUUUUCUUUUAAUAGUGGGCAAUUGGUUACUAUUAAAUGUGGUAUUCCACUAUGUUAUGGCUGUCAUAACUCCAGCUGGUGAGCCUCCUGAGAACACAUCCCUCUCCGAGGCAGUUAGUAUAUGCAAGAAAUGUAUAUCUCCCAAACCACCUCGUACCCAUCAUUGCUCAGUUUGCAAUAAAUGCAUACUAAAAAUGGAUCACCAUUGUCCCUGGCUUAACAACUGUGUUGGUUUUGGUAAUCAUCGUUAUUUUUUCCUGUACAUGUUGUACACCACGUUGGGAUGUCUGUUUUUAAUAUUGUUUGGUGUGGAAAUCGGUUAUAAAUAUUUAUGGUUGGAUCAUGGAGACCAUUGGACAGAAACAGAGCCUUUGGAAGGGCAACCGGUUAAAUUAAAUUUAAGUGGUCACAUAAUACCAGUGACUCAUUUAAAUGAAUAUGACGAGGAUUUACUGUUACCUGCCCAGCAUAAUCUACCCACUCCAGCAGAGGGCAUUGAUGCCAAUAGCCUUUAUACCGCUUCACGCCGUAGAGCUUUGUGGUUUAUGACUUUCAUAUGUGUGGCAGUGGUUUUGGCCCUAGGAACACUUUGUAGCUGGCAUGCCAAGCUAAUAACACGCGGCGAGACAAGCGUUGAGGCUCAUAUCAAUCAAUCGGAACGCAAGCGUCUGCUUGCGCAAAACAAGACAUACAUCAAUCCGUAUAAUUUUGGUCCUAAAAAGAAUUGGCGUUUAUUUUUGGGUUUGGUUAGGGGCCGCAAAUUUUGGCGCACCGUUCUUUUGCCCUCUUGGCAUAAACCGGAAGGCAAUGGUUUGUCAUUUCACACUGUCCAUGACUAUGAUUAUGCGGCACAAAUUGACGAAUGGCCAUAGGACAAACUUAAAUGAUGUAUUUUCAACUCAAUGGUGUUCUUUAACUUAAAGUAUUUCAUUCCAAGCCCUCAUGCAUGCUUGUACAUACAUUUGUAGACGAAUUGAUUUUGUUUUCCAUAAGAAGAAGAAAAAAACUUAUAUUAAGUUUGAGCAUCUGGAUUUUGACUGUCUGAAUGUGUUUUUGUGUUUUUACUCUAAGUCAUAAAGAUAAUUUGUUUAUAGAGAUAUUUUUUAUGCGAGUAUCCAUCGCUACAAUCUAGAUUAUGUUAAAAUAAAUAUUAAUUUCAAAUUGCAAUGUAGGGAACUUAGUUGUGGAAUUUUUAUAAUAAACAAAAC